UGUUUUACCUUAUAGCUUUAAUUAAACAAAAACUUCUGCUUUAUUUGAUUAAAGUCUUCUGUAUAUAUCACUUGUCUGGUAUUAUGAUCAAAGUAUUAGAUACAAAGGUUUGACCUUUAGAUACAAAAGACCAAUUGAUGUAACCAUGUGGAAAAAUUCAUUGGUUAAUCUCCAUAAUUUAUUCAGUCGUAAAAAGACAUUUUUAUCAGCAUGCAAUCAAGACACUAACUUAAAGCGAUGCUUGUCAACAUUAGAUUUAACUUUAAUUGGAAUCGGUUCAACACUUGGCUCUGGAAUUUAUGUGCUUACAGGUGAAGUUGCAAAAACUAAAACUGGACCUGCAAUUGUUAUUUCAUUUUUAAUUGCUGCUUUUGCUUCAAUAUUGUCAGGGCUCUGUUAUGCUGAGUUUGCAGCGCGAAUACCUAAAGCUGGUUCUGCAUAUGUGUAUUGUUAUGUUACCAUGGGAGAAUUUUGGGCUUUUAUAAUUGGAUGGAAUUUAUUGCUUGAAUAUAUAAUAGGUGCUUCUGUUGUUGCUAGAGGCCUUAUAGCAUAUAUCGACACACUAGCAGGAGGUGUUAUUAAAAAUCAAACAUUAGCCAUUACUGGCGAGGUUAAAAUUCCAGGAAUGAGCUCAUAUAUUGAUUUUUUAUCAUUUGUGGUGGUAAUGGUGUUCACUGUGUUUAUAUCAUGCGGGAUGAAAAACUCAGCUCGUCUGAAUAAUGUUUGUGUUGUUAUAAACAUUGUUACAAUUUUAUCUGUUAUUUCAGUCGGAACUUUUUAUGCUAAAAUUGAGAAUUGGAGUAAUUUUGCACCAUUUGGAUUUGAUGGAGUUAUUGCUGGAGCUUCAACUUGUUUUUUUUCAUUUAUUGGAUUUGAUGUCAUUGCAAAUGUAUCAGAAGAAGCUAAGAAUCCUUCAAAAUCAAUUCCGAUUAGUAUGAUUGGUACAAUAACAAUAUGUUUUUUUGCUUACUUUGGAGUGAGUGGAGUUGUUACUUUAAUGGUAAACUACAAAAAUCUUGAUGAGUCAGCUGCAGUUGCAGAUGCUUUUAAACAGAGAGGACUAAACUUCAUGAAUUAUAUUAUUUCAGCUGGUGCUAUUUGUGGACUCUUAGGAUCUUUAUUGGUUUCAAUAAUUCCAAUACCUCGUAUGCUUUACUCUAUGUCACAAGACGGAUUGUUGUUUAAUUUUUUUUCUAUAGUUCACCCUAAAUCGCAAGUACCUGUUAUAUCAACUAUAUUAUCAGGUCUUUUUAUAGGUAUUUUAGCUGCCAUCAUUGAUUUAGCAGAGCUGGUUGAAAUGAUGUCUAUUGGUACUCUUUUGGCAUACAGCAUUGUUGUUAUAUGUGUACUCAUUUUGCGCUAUGAUUUGACUCCUCCACCAAACAAUAAUUAUGAGAGUGAAUCUUUAAUUGAAAAUGAAAAAAAUAAAUCUGCCAAAAACUGUUUUGAAGCUGGAUGCAGUAUGAACAACAUAUCCUUAGUUAUCAAUAUUGUGGUUUUCCUCAUUGUAGUUGAACUGCUUGUAAUAUGCAUUAUUGUUUCAUUCUAUCAUAAACAAAUUGCAGCAAAAAAUAUAACCUUUAUUGUGUUUUUAGUAAUUUUUAUUAUUGCUUUGGUUGCUACUGUAAUUUAUUUAUUUGUAAAAGACACAACCAAAGAUAAUUUAGCUUUCAAAGUUCCAAUGAUACCAUGGAUACCUGUGGUUGCUUUAUUUUUUAAUGUGUAUUUAAUGUCAAUGCUCAGUCAAAUUACAUGGAUACGUUUUGGAAUUUGGUUGUUUAUAGGUUUACUUGUAUAUUUCUUGUACGGUAUACGAUACAGCAAAGUGGAUAAUAUCGAUGUCGAUGAAUUCCAAUUGGUUGAUCGUUUUGAAGAGAAUUAUUAAAAAUUUAUAAAGAUUAAGUUAUUUUUUACCGUUUUCUUUAGCAUUUCUUUAUAACUUUUCUUUAAUAUAGAUUUAUAUAUAUAUAUAUAUAUAUAUAUAUAUAUAUAUAUAUAUAUAUAUAUAUAUAUAUAUAUAUAUAUAAUUUUUUUUUUUUUUUUUUUUGUGUGUGUGUAAAUAAUUAUUUAAUUUUCAAUUUUUAUAAGAUUUAAAUGUAUUUUCUUAGGAAUGUGUGGAGUGUGUGGUUGUAGGUUUUAUUAGAAUUAUUUAUUAUGUACAGCUAUUUAAUUUAUUGUUUGUUUUAUAUAAAUAAUCUUGAAAAUGACCAUUUUAAAAUUUUGGUCGUUGUUGUAAAAAGUGAUGCAUUCACGCAAAAGACGUCUAAUUCCCGUAAAAAGUUUUUCUUUGAUGAUACUUUCAUCGAAGAGUUAAGCAGAUAUAUGGAUUAUACAGGUUUAAAGGUCCUAUUUUUAAAAAAAAUGUGUGCAGAAGAAUGGGGUCAAAUAUGUUCCUCUCUCCUUUAAAAUAAUUUUUUGUAUGAUUUUUUUUUUUUUUUUCUUUCUCAAACUAAAAAAAAUUUAUAAAAUGAUUUUUUUAGAAUAAUACUUUAUUGUUCAUUAAAUCAAAGUUUUUGCUAAAGUAUAAAUAAAUAUAAUUUUUUUUAUUUAUGUGUUUAUUACAUAUAUUGCAAUGUUAGAUGACUAGAAUAAAGUAAUUAUUCGUGUGGGAAUAGAUGAUGGUUAAGGUUUCUUGAAAGUUGUAA